UGCCUGGCGCCUGCAUCCUUGCAGCCGACGGGGUAACCGUAGUCACCGGUUCAACAUCAGCAGCGGAGAAGACGCCGUACAGAGGGGGCUCUCUGACAGAGUGAGGAGGAUCUUCAGCGUCCCUGGAGAGUAACAUUUGCAGUGAGACCAUGACUCUGGCAGCCUAUAAAGAGAAGGUCAAAGAGCUCCCCCUGGUGUCUCUGUUCUGCUCAUGCCUGAACCCACGCACUGCAGAAAACCCGACCUACAAGGCAGAAGAUGCAGUGGACUUGGCCUGGUGCGUCAUCAAAGACGUAGAAGUUAUCGAGCUGAACAAACGCGCAUCGGGCCAGGCCUUCGAGGUCAUCCUCAAGCCCCCGUCUUUUGACGGCUUGCCUGAACUCAAUGCCUCCAUGCCGCAGCGCCGCGACCCAUCCCUGGAGGAGAUCCAGAAGAAGUUAGAGGCGGCUGAAGAGAGGCGAAAGUGCCAGGAGGCGGAGCUGCUGAAGCACCUGGCGGAGAAGAGAGAGCAUGAGCGCGAGGUGAUCCAGAAAGCUUUUGAGGAGAACAACAACUUCAUCAAGAACGCCAAGGAGAAGCUGGAGCAGAAGAUGGAGGCCAACAAGGAGAACAGGGAGGCUCUGCUGGCAGCCAUGCUGGAGAGGCUGCAGGAGAAGGACAAACAUGCAGAGGAAGUGAGGAAGAACAAGGAGAUGAAGGAGGAGGCCUGCCGGUAGACGAAAAAAAAUAAAAAGGGGGAAAACAGUGCAUUAAAAGAAGAACUCAACAGCAACUAGGGCAGAUUUUGGUUUUCAUAUUUGAUGUAUGCUGCGAUGAUUCUGAGCAAGCUGUAUAAAGUUUAGCCACUCUUGAUGUUAAAAUUUCUCUUUUUUCUAAAGGAACGUGGGAGGGUGGGGGGGGGGGGGGGGGGGACGUCGGCGCUAAUGUUUUUUAAAGAGGAACAGCCAUCCAAUCAUGACUGAGUAAAAAAAAAGGAAUUAGAGCUCCUGUUUUCUGUGUUCAGCAUCAGGAGAUGAUUUUGGUGAAGCUGUGUUUUUUCUUGGCAACGCUUCCAGUUUGGCACAGCCAGAGACGCAGUUUCUCUCCAAUUAGACUAAGUAUGUGAUCAUUACCUCAUAAAACCUGAAAAUCUGUGAUGUGCUUUAUUCAGACUGGACACAGUAGUUUCAGAGCCUCACUCAGCCAUAACCAACUCCACUCCACUGAAAACCAGGAUUCAUUAAAUACACAGGACCAGCUUUAAAUAUGAAAACACAAAGUGAUCUCGGUCCACAUGCUCAUACUUCUCACUGUUUCUUUCACUCCGUCUGGGGUUUGUCUGUGAAUCUCACUAAUGCUUUAUGAAUAUGAAACAAAUAACUGGGGGGGGGGACUUUAGCUGUAGUGUAGUCGUAGAUCAGUGACAUGCAUUUGAGUCUCUUAGAGUUAGAGCACUGAUUGCACUCUUAUUUCAUUAAGCACAAGUCAAAGCACACACGGUAUUCAUACCAGAAGAGCAGUGAACAUAUACAGUAAAAACAUUCACAUUACGAGGAGGUGAAACAGUGACUGACUGCAGUUCACAGUUUGGACGUAUUUCUGGCUUCGGUGGGUCGAUUUGUGAUCUGACCGACUUGCUUUGGUGUCUCUGAUUGUUUAUGGUUUUCACAGCAAUUCCAACCUAAAACAUUAAAAUGGGGAUCAAAUGUGCUUAAGUGGUUUGGUCAUGCUGAUUUGAUUGAAGUGUCUCAAAUGUUUGCGCUGUAACGGGGGAGUCGUACAUGGGCUUUGUACUUGCUGUAACUGUGUGUUGCUGUAUAUCUUCAAGGCUGGGUUGAUUGUACCUAUUUGGCAUGAUCAAUAAAAGCAGCUUGGCUGAACUCGAA